GAGGUGUACAGUCCUGGGGCUGCCCUCCACCCCUGGAGAUGGGGCGGGCUGCCCACUCUGUUUUGCCCCAAGACUAACCCAAAGGCCAGCGUUUCAGACCUACCACACCCACCGGGGGCCAAGGACCCGGCAAGGUGUCCUCCCUGUGGAUUGCAGGAAGCCCGGGGGGCAGUCGCCCAGCCAUGAGUCACUCUGAGCUGGAACCUACUUGCCGAUAGACAGCCACCGCCAGACCCACAGCCGCUGCAGCCUUUCUGCACAGGAGCCGCCCCGGGUUUCGAACUGCUGACCUUGCUGUGAGCAGCCCAACCCGAAACGGAGGCUCCCGCAGGACUCCUGGUGGGCAGCUCUGAGAAGGUGAUGGUCUCUGAGGCCCUCAGACCCCUAGGAAGCAGACAGCCUCCCCUCCUUCGGGGGAUCAGCCAUCAACAGCCCGAGGCGGCACCUUACCCACCCAGGACCACGGACUGGGGUGUGGAGGGCUCAGCAGGACUCAGAGGCUCUGAGCUGUGAUCUCAGGAGACACUGCCCGCUCCUGCCUACUGCACUGGCUCCUGGACCCCCGGGACACUGGGCAGGCCCACAAAGACCUCUUCACUCCAACGUGGCCCCUAGCCAGAUGUGGGGGGAGGCUGCCCAGAGAGAGGCAUGCCCCCCACCCAGCCACGCUGCCCCCACCUCCUGCUGCUGUUGCUGCUGCUGCUUGUCCACCAGCCACAGGCUCCCGCAGCACAGGUGAUGGACUUCCUGUUUGAGAAAUGGAAACUCUACGGAGAUGAGUGUUCCCACAACCUGAGCCUGCUGCCGCCUCCCACGGAACUGGUCUGCAAUCGGACCUUCGACAAAUAUUCCUGCUGGCCCGACACCCUGCCCAAUACCACUGCCAGCAUCUCCUGCCCCUGGUACCUGCCCUGGCACCACAAAGUGCAGCACCGCCUAGUCUUCAAGAAGUGUGGGCCUGACGGGCAGUGGGUAAGGGGGCCCCAGGGACAACCCUGGCGUGACGCCUCCCAGUGCCAGAUGGACAUGGAUGAGCUAAAGGAUCAGAAGGAAGUGGUCAAGAUGUACAGCAGCUUCCAGAUGAUGUACACAGUGGGCUACUGCCUGUCGCUGGGUGCCCUUCUUCUUGCUCUGACCAUCCUGCUGAGCCUCAGCCAGCUGCACUGCACGCGCAACUACAUCCACAUGAACCUGUUUGCCUCCUUCGUGCUGAAGGCCAGCUCCGUGCUGGCCAUGGACGCCCUGCUGCAGACCCGCUACAGCCAGCAGAUCGGCGACGACCUCAGCGUGAGCGUCUGGCUCAGCGACAGGGCGGUGGCCGGCUGCCGGGUGGCCGCGGUGUUCAUGCAGUAUGGCGUUGUGGCUAACUACUGCUGGCUGCUGGUGGAGGGCGUGUACCUGCACAGCCUGCUGGGCCUGGCCACCUUUCCCGAGAGGAGCUUCUUCCCCAUCUACCUGGGCAUCGGCUGGGGGGCCCCGAUUCUCUUCGUCGUGCCCUGGGCUGUGGUCAAGUGUCUCUUCGAGAACGUGCAGUGCUGGACCAGCAACGACAACAUGGGCUUCUGGUGGAUCCUGAGGGUGCCCGUCUUCCUGGCCAUCCUGAUCAACUCCUUCAUCUUCAUGCACACCGUCCACCUCCUCGUCGCCAAGCUGCGUGCCCACCAGAUGCGGUACACUGACUACAAGUUCAGGCUGGCCAAGUCCACACUGACCCUCAUCCCCCUGCUGGGUGUCCACGAGGUGGUGUUCGCCUUUGUAACCGACGAGCAUGCCCAGGGGACCCUGCGCUCCGCCAAGCUCUUCUUCGACCUCUUCCUCAGCUCCUUCCAGGGCCUGCUGGUGGCCAUCCUCUACUGUUUCCUCAACAAGGAGGUGCAGGCGGAGCUGCUGAGGCGCUGGCAGCGCUGGCGAGUGGGCAAGGUCUUGCAGGAAGAGCAUCGUUCAGGCAGCCACACUGCCCCCCCAACUGCCCGCGGGCCCCCCAGCGAGAAGCUGCUGCUGCCGAGGAGCAGUGGCAACAACGGAACCAGCCCGGACCCCUCGUCAGAGACCCCGUCAGCCCAUGGCCUCCCUGCACUGGCCGAGAGCCCCUUCUGAGUGCCCGGCCCCCCUGGGGUGGACUGCCCUGGGGUGGGUAUGGAAGGCAUCCCUGCACCCAGGCGGCCCACUGGGAGUAGCUCAGCACCCAGAGAUCCCCGUGCAGCCCCUGGGGCUCCUGAACCCGGAGCAGGGUGGGGUGCUCCACCACGUGCGGUGUGCUGAGACCCAUGCUAUGGACCACCCAGCAAUAAAGUGCUCAAGUUGUA